AUGGUCGCUAUCGGUGUUGCAACCCACGAUGCGGCGUUGGAGGCCGCGCAGGCUGAGGCCCCUGAGUUUGAGAAGGUAACCUGGCACUCUGACCCAGGUUUGCGAAAGCUUUACUUUUGGUGUGCCGUUCUCUGUGUUGCGUCCGCAACCACCGGUUACGAUGGAAUGAUGUUGAACACCUCUCAAAAUAUUACACUAUGGCAAACUUAUUUUGGCACUCCCACAGGAAGUAAAUUGGGUUUCAUGAACUCCGUUUACCAAAUUGGUUCCUUGAUCUCUUUCCCUCUCGUACCUUAUAUGGCAGAUUGGUGGGGGCGUAGAACUCCUAUUGCUGUUGGUGGUAUCUUCAUGAUUCUCGGUGGUUUGAUCGGAACUUUUGCCAACGGCUACGGAAUGUAUGUCGCUGGUCGAUUCAUCCUUGGUUUCGGCAACUCCUUGGCUCAAAUGUCCUCCCCCGUUUUACUUACUGAGCUUUGCCAUCCCCAACAUCGUGGCCGAGUCACCGCCAUCUACAACUGUCUCUGGAAUUUGGGUGCACUUUUCGUCGCCUGGAUCGCUUGGGCCACCUCCACAAUCCCCAACGAUUGGUCAUGGAGAACUCUCGCACUUCUCCAAUGCAUGCCUGCCCUGAUUCAACUCACAUUCAUCUACUGGGUCCCAGAAUCUCCUCGUUGGCUCAUCUCCAAGGAGCGUUAUGAAGAGGCCGAGACUAUCCUCGCCUAUUACCACGCCAAUGGUGACAAGCAAAACGCAACAGUUGCCUUCGAGUUCCGCGAAAUCAAGGAAACCCUGAGACUCGAAUUCGAAUACAAGAAGACUAGCAGCUACCUGGAUUUCAUGAGAACCAAGGGCAACCGAUACAGGUUGGCUCUCCUCGUCUCCCUUGGUGUCAUUUCCCAGUACUCUGGAAACGCUCUGUUCUCCAACUACAUCAAUCUUAUCUAUAACAGCAUGGGCAUUACAGAGCAAAGCAAGAAGAUUCCCCUCAACGGAGGCCAAACAUUGCUCAGUUUGGUUGUCAGUGUCAGCUGUGCUUUCCUCGUUGAUCGCGUGGGACGACGACCACUCUUCCUGACUGCGACCACCGGAAUGUGUUUGAUGUUUUUGGCAUGGACUAUUACUGCUGCGAAGUUCGAGCAAAGUAACAAGACUGCAGUGAAAUCCGCAGGAUAUCCGCAGGUUGCCUUCGUCUGGCUCUUCGGCGUUUUCUACUCACUCGCAUGGUCCGGUCUUCUCGUCGCAUACGCGCUCGAGAUUCUCCCUUACAAAUUGAGAGCGAAGGGACUCAUGAUCAUGAACUUGACUGUCCAAGCUGCGUUGGUACUUGGCAACCAGACCAACCCAAUCGCUUGGGAAAAUGUCCACCCGCAAUACGGCUUCAUUGCAUUCUACACCGUCUGGAUCUUCAUCGAACUCGCAUUCGUCUACUUCUUCUACGUUGAGACUCGAGGACCAACUCUUGAGGAACUGGCUAAGAUCUUCGACGGAGAGAACGCUGAGGUUGCACACUUGGACAUGAACCAGGUCGAGAAGGAGACGCAGGCAGAGCAUGGACCUCUGGACGAGAAGCGGGCCGUGGAGAUAAACACCUCCACCGCCUAA